UGAUAACGCCAGACAAUCCAUAUUUGAUCUAAGCCAUGUCGCAGAAGCAGCUACACACUUAAGUGGGACUUAAAAUAUAUAAAGUCAAGCUGUAGUCAAGUUAUUUGUUAAUGCAAUCUUGCCUACUUACUUUGAAUUAUGACAGAGUUGGCUGUAAACACUCGAUGGAUGUUUGCUGUUGUGAAACUUUCUCUACUUUAUGCAACUUUGCUCCAGGACUAUUUUUGUGAAGCUUCAUGCACCAAUACAGGAACCAGGAUGAAAAACAUACUGUUUAUUUCUCCUCAAAAUAUUACGCUCAAUACUACUUUCCCAACAGAUGCUGUCUAUAUAAAUGAGAAUGGAAAUAGGCUGUGUUUCAACCUCCAGCAAAAUAAUACAGGUUGUUGUUUAAGUAAAGAUUUCGACUGCAGUCCCAAAAUAAGUUUGGCUGGUGAUUGUUACAGACUAACGCUGAGUGAAGCAGCAUUACGCAACCAAGAUGUUGUUGUGUUACAGAAUCCAACAUAUAAUUUUUCAUGUAUGCCAUCAACGUUCUACAACUCAAAAGGUUUAAUGCUGAACAUUCACAACUGCUUAAAAAUGGGUGGACCGACCAUUAGACUUGGCCUGGAUCAGCUGUUUGGAAAUUCAACAUCUGAGAAACCGUUAUGUGAAGAUACAUGGCCAAGAUUCAGGAUCAAAUCUUGUCGAAACAACAAGGAAACUACUACUGCAUCUUGGAGCACCAUAAGCAAUUUGGUUUCUCUAACAACUAAUGUGACAUCAUCACCUACAAACAACAGCAUUUCAAUGGGGAUUGCACAGUCAGAAAGUCAAGAAACAAGCCCCAAUAUCAGCACCUUCAGCAGUUCUUUUGCACAAACAACUCACAUGGCUUCCAAAAGUACAAGCAACAGCACUUUUCCAAGAACAAUAGACAAUGACAGUUGGCUUACAACCUCGAAUUUAAACUCAUCAAGCAGCUCAGUUUCUCAAAAAAGUUAUUUGACGUCACAACCUACAAAUGAAAGCACUUCAUCAGGUGCAACAGACCAAGAAACUUUGUUUACAACCCCAAAAUUCAACACCUCCAGCAGUUCCGAUUCUCAAACAAGUAAUGAGGCUUCAAAAAUGUCAGAAAACAUCACUUCAUCAGAGACUUCAGACCACAAUGGUUUGUCUACAAGCCCGACUUUCAGUAGCUCUAGCAGUUCUGGUCUUCAAACAGGUUAUCUGGCUUCAGAAAGUACAAACAGCAUCAAUUCAUCAGGGAAUAUAGACAAAAAUGGUUUGUCUACAAGCCCAACUUUCAACAGCUCCAGUAGUUCUGUUUCUCAAACAAGUUACUUGACGUUGCCACCUGAAAGCACUUCAACAACUGCAACAGACCAAUAUGGUUUUACAGGCCAAAAUAUCAGCACCUCCAUCAAAUCCGUUUCUCCAACAAGUAAUGAGGCUUCCAAUCGUACAAAUGACACCACAUCAUCGGCGUCACCACCUUCAAAUGAAAGAACUUCACUAGGAACAACAAAUGCAGAUCAGUUGUUUACAACCUCCAAUUUCAGUGAUUCAACAAGUUCUGUGUCACAAAAAUAUUUGACAUCAUCACCAACAAACAACAGCAUUUCAAUGGGGAUUGCACAGUCAGAAAGUCAAGAAACAAGCCCCAAUAUCAGCACCUUCAGCAGUUCUUUUGCACAAACAACUCACAUGGCUUCCAAAAGUACAAGCAACAGCACUUUUCCAAGAACAAUAGACAAUGACAGUUGGCUUACAACCUCGAAUUUAAACUCAUCAAGCAGCUCAGUUUCUCAAAAAAGUUAUUUGACGUCACAACCUACAAAUGAAAGCACUUCAUCAGGUGCAACAGACCAAGAAACUUUGUUUACAACCCCAAAAUUCAACACCUCCAGCAGUUCCGAUUCUCAAACAAGUAAUGAGGCUUCAAAAAUGUCAAAAAACAUCACUUCAUCAGAGACUUCAGACCACAAUGGUUUGUCUACAAGCCCGACUUUCAGUAGCUCUAGCAGUUCUGGUCUUCAAACAGGUUAUUUGGCUUCAGAAAGUACAAACAGCAUCAAUUCAUCAGGGAACAUAGACAAAAAUGGUUUGUCUACAAGCCCAACUUUCAACAGCUCCAGUAGUUCUGUUUCUCAAACAAGUUACUUGACGUUGCCACCUGAAAGCACUUCAACAACUGCAACAGACCAACAUGGUUUUACAGGCCAAAAUAUCAGCACCUCCAGCAAAUCCGUUUCUCCAACAAGUAAUGAGGCUUCCAAUCGUACAAAUGACACCACAUCAUCGGCGUCACCACCUUCAAAUGAAAGCACUUCAUCAGGAACAACAAAUGCAGAUCAAUUGUUUACAACCUCCAAUUUCAGUGACUCAACAAGUUCUGUGUUACAAAAAUAUUUGACAUCAUCACCAACAAACAACAGCAUUUCAAUGGGGAUUGCACAGUCAGAAAGUCAAGAAACAAGCCCCAAUAUCAGCACCUUCAGCAGUUCUUUUGCACAAACAACUCACAUGGCUUCCAAAAGUACAAGCAACAGCACUUUUCCAAGAACAAUAGACAAUGACAGUUGGCUUACAACCUCGAAUUUAAACUCAUCAAGCAGCUCAGUUUCUCAAAAAAGUUAUUUGACGUCACAACCUACAAAUGAAAGCACUUCAUCAGGUGCAACAGACCAAGAAACUUUGUUUACAACCCCAAAAUUCAACACCUCCAGCAGUUCCGAUUCUCAAACAAGUAAUGAGGCUUCAAAAAUGUCAGAAAACAUCACUUCAUCAGAGACUUCAGACCACAAUGGUUUGUCUACAAGCCCGACUUUCAGUAGCUCUAGCAGUUCUGGUCUUCAAACAGGUUAUCUGGCUUCAGAAAGUACAAACAGCAUCAAUUCAUCAGGGAAUAUAGACAAAAAUGGUUUGUCUACAAGCCCAACUUUCAACAGCUCCAGUAGUUCUGUUUCUCAAACAAGUUACUUGACGUUGCCACCUGAAAGCACUUCAACAACUGCAACAGACCAACAUGGUUUUACAGGCCAAAAUAUCAGCACCUCCAGCAAAUCCGUUUCUCCAACAAGUAAUGAGGCUUCCAAUCGUACAAAUGACACCACAUCAUCGGCGUCACCACCUUCAAAUGAAAGAACUUCACUAGGAACAACAAAUGCAGAUCAGUUGUUUACAACCUCCAAUUUCAGUGAUUCAACAAGUUCUGUGUCACAAAAAUAUUUGACAUCAUCACCAACAAACAACAGCAUUUCAAUGGGGAUUGCACAGUCAGAAAGUCAAGAAACAAGCCCCAAUAUCAGCACCUUCAGCAGUUCUUUUGCACAAACAACUCACAUGACGUCACAACCUACAAAUGAAAGCACUUCAUCAGGUGCAACAGACCAAGAAACUUUGUUUACAACCCCAAAAUUCAACACCUCCAGCAGUUCCGAUUCUCAAACAAGUAAUGAGGCUUCAAAAAUGUCAAAAAACAUCACUUCAUCAGAGACUUCAGACCACAAUGGUUUGUCUACAAGCCCGACUUUCAGUAGCUCUAGCAGUUCUGGUCUUCAAACAUGUUAUUUGGCUUCAGAAAGUACAAACAGCAUCAAUUCAUCAGGGAACAUAGACAAAAAUGGUUUGUCUACAAGCCCAACUUUCAACAGCUCCAGUAGUUCUGUUUCUCAAACAAGUUACUUGACGUUGCCACCUGAAAGCACUUCAACAACUGCAACAGACCAACAUGGUUUUACAGGCCAAAAUAUCAGCACCUCCAGCAAAUCCGUUUCUCCAACAAGUAAUGAGGCUUCCAAUCGUACAAAUGACACCACAUCAUCGGCGUCACCACCUUCAAAUGAAAGCACUUCAUCAGGAACAACAAAUGCAAAUCAGUUGUUUACAACCUCCAAUUUCAGUGAUUCAACAAGUUCUGUGUCACAAAAAUAUUUGACAUCAUCACCAACAAACAACAGCAUUUCAAUGGGGAUUGCACAGUCAGAAAGUCAAGAAACAAGCCCCAAUAUCAGCACCUUCAGCAGUUCUUUUGCACAAACAACUCACAUGGCUUCCAAAAGUACAAGCAACAGCACUUUUCCAAGAACAAUAGACAAUGACAGUUGGCUUACAACCUCGAAUUUAAACUCAUCAAGCAGCUCAGUUUCUCAAAAAAGUUAUUUGACGUCACAACCGACAAAUGAAAGCACUUCAUCAGGUGCAACAGACCAAGCAACUUUGUUUACAACCCCAAAAUUCAACACCUCCAGCAGUUCCGAUUCUCAAACAAGUAAUGAGGCUUCAAAAAUGUCAGAAAACAUCACUUCAUCAGAGACUUCAGACCACAAUGGUUUGUCUACAAGCCCGACUUUCAACAGCUCCAGUAGUUCUGUUUCUCAAUCAAGUUACUUGACGUUGCCACCUGAAAGCACUUCAACAACUGCAACAGACCAACAUGGUUUUACAGGCCAAAAUAUCAGCACCUCCAGCAAAUCCGCUUCUCCAACAAGUAAUGAGGCUUCCAAUCGUAUAAAUGACACCACAUCAUCGACGUCACCACCUUCAAAUGAAAGAACUUCACCAGAAACAACAAAUGCAGAUCAAUUGUUCACAACCUCCAAUUUCAGUGACUCAACAAGUUCUGUGUCACAAAAAUAUUUGACAUCAUCACCUACAAAUAACAGCAUUUCAAUGGGGAUUGCACAGUCAGAAAGUCAAGUAACAAGCCCCAAUAUCAGCACCUUCAGCAGUUCUUUUGCACAAACAACUCACUUGGCUUCCAAAAGUACAAGCAACAGCACUUUUCCAAGAACAACAGACAAUGACAGUUGGCUUACAACCUCAAAUUUAAACUCAUCAAGCAGCUCAGUUUCUCAAAAAGGUUAUUUGCCCUCUCAACCUGCAACAUCGGGCACUAUAACACCAAGCCCAACUUCUGCUUUGCCCUCUCAACCUGCAACAUCGGGCACUACAACAUCUAGCCCAACUUCUGCUUUGCCCUUUCAACCUGCAACAUCGGGGACUACAACAUCAAGCCCAACUUCUGCUUUGCCCUCUCAACCUGCAACAUCGGGCACUACAACAUCAAGCCCAACUUCUGCUUUGCCCUUUCAACCUGCAACAUCGGGCACUAUAACACCAAGCCCAACUUCUGCUUUGCCCUCUCAACCUGCAACAUCGGGGACUACAACAUCAAGCAAAACUUCUGCUUUGCCCUCUCAACCUGCAACAUCGGGGACUACAACAUCAAGCCCAACUUCUGCUUUGCCCUCUCAACCUGCAACAUCGGGGACUACAACAUCAAGCCCAACUUCUGCUUUGCCCUCUCAACCUGCAACAUCGGGGACUACAACAUCAAGCCCAACUUCUGCUUUGCCCUUUCAACCUGCAACAUCGGGCACUACAACAUCAAGCCCAACUUCUGCUUUGCCCUCUCAACCUGCAACAUCGGGCACUACAACAUCAAGCCCAACUUCUGCUUUGCCCUCUCAACCUGCAACAUCGGGGACUACAACAUCAAGCCCAACUUCUGCUUUGCCCUCUCAACCUGCAACAUCGGGCACUACAACAUCAAGCCCAACUUCUGCUUUGCCCUCUCAACCUGCAACAUCGGGCACUACAACAUCAAGCCCAACUUCUGCUUUGCCCUCUCAACCUGCAACAUCGGGCACUAUAACACCAAGCCCAACUUCUGCUUUGCCCUUUCAACCUGCAACAUCGGGCACUACAACAUCAAGCCCAACUACUGCUGCAUCAAGCACUACCACUUCUUCAACAUCUUUGUCCAGUAUGUCGCUAGAUAAUAACCCGAACUUUAGUACUAAGGAACAGAAUCAAACUGAGAACGCUGAGAAUGCAGCAAAUACCAUGAGUAAAAUUAAUAUUAUUGCGGAGUUAAUGGGCAAUAGGACCACAGCAAGCAUCACAAUUGGUAAAAUUCAAGGAGUGUUUGCUAAACUGACACAAGAAAAUCAGAAUAACAAGAACUUUGUCUUCGCAUCAAAUGGAGAUGUAAAGAUUUUAUCAGAAAGCAACAAUUUGGCGACAGACUACACUCUAUCAGUUCAUCUUCCAAAAGAAGCCAGUGAAAUGGCCGUAAAGAAAAAUGGCUCCUAUAUUGGAAUUUUGCUUUUUCCAGAAAUUCCUAAGAUCAACGCAACAAGUUAUUUUUUUAAUAAUCAAAUCCUGGGGAUUGAGAUGGGAGUGAACAUAUUUAACCUUUCAGAGACCAUCAAUAUUCAGUUCAGUAACGUGAAUACGACUGGACGGAGUGUUUCUUGCGUUUCAUGGGAUGGGAGAAGUAACCAGCCAGGUGGCGCACACAACUGGAUUACAGAUGGCUGCAAAACAAUAGAAGUCAACAGCAGCCUCAUAUGCCAAUGCUCUCACCUUACCUUCUUUGCUCUUAUUAUGUCACCAGGGAAUAAAAAUAUUAGUUAUUCUGACUUGAAAACCCUGACCCAAAUCACAAAAGCUGGCUGUGGCAUAUCCUUGUUCUUCCUGGGUGUGAUUCUCUUCAUGCAUUUUCUCGUAAGGAAAAAUAAAGCCAGUGAGGCUGUAAAGAUCCUCAUGAAUCUCUUUGUCGCCCUGUUCCUCUUGAACCUUUGCUUCUUGAUAAAUGAGUCAAUCGCGAAAUUGAAGGUCUUAGCAGCUUGUGUGGCGAUGGCAGCGACUCUGCACUACAGCAUGCUGGCCACAUUCACAUGGUUCUUCAUGCAGGCCUUGCACCUGUACUUCAAUCUACACCAGAUCUCCACAGACAUCAAAUAUUACAUAUACAAGAUUUGCAUCGCGGGAUGGGUCAUUCCCGCUCUGAUUGUGAUUGGACUUCUUGCCUCUAGUAACUAUGGUAACGUGGAAAUUUCUGAUAAUAAUGGGACUUCAGUAAACAUGUGUUGGAUCCCUGACUCUACAUUACACUUAGGAGUGAACAUUGGUUACUAUGGAAUUGUGUUCAUCUUCACUCUAACCGUAUUCCUUGUAACUGUAGUGCAGAUCACUAAAUUUGCAUCUAAAGCAGACAACAGGGACAAAAUCUCUACCAAGAAAAGGUUUUUCUCUCUUCUGGGUCUUUUCUGCCUUUUGGGCAUCAGCUGGGGAUUUGCUUUUUUCAGCUACGGCCCUCUGCUCCUUCCCUCCUACUACAUCUUUACCAUCCUCAACUCCUUUCAAGGAUUCUUCUUGUUCGUUUACUACUACUUCUCCAGCAGAAUUCGUCCAGAGGACAGAAAACUGUCCAAGAACAGCAGCCGCGCCACAGAGAAUGUAUACAUCCCAUUUCCUUAAGCAUAAGCUCCUAAUUUUUCAAAGUUUUGUUUCUCUCACCAACGUGGACAUGGAAAUGUAUUAUGGCAAAACUGAAAUCUAAUACCAAAAGUACUUCAGUUCAGGUUUUUUUUAGUUAAAAACCAGUUGAAUAUAUUAUUUUUAUUUUCUGCUGAUACCAAUAUUUUUCAAUCCAUAGAACUUUUCUGUAAACAUAACGGAUAUUUUAAUUCUCUGUGAACAUAAAUAUACCACAAGGACAUUAUCACUUAAUAUGCUAUAUUUUGUACACUGGUCUUCAGUUAUGCUAAUACCAGCACCAUGGUUAUUUGACUUCAAAAUCGAUUUUUAUUUUUCAAAGCCACAUGUUGGAAGUGAGCACAUACAAACCCACACAAAUUCAGCUGCAGCGCUCCUUUCAAUCUAUCAAUGACCACAGAGGUUGUGAUCGUUUAAAUUGUGUAGCUUUGAAUAUUCCCCUUUUGUCUCUACAGACUGUUGAAAGUAGAAGUUUAUUUAUUUUCUGCUAAGGCUAAAAUAUCAGACUUAGACAAGUUUAAAAUGAGAUGAUUGAAUUAGAAGUCUGAAAAAAAUGACAACGCUUUCCACUCUCCCUCCUCAUCACUCUGAUGCCGGGGAUACAUUUUUAACCUUUUACCUGCGGCGGAAACAAAGUGGGGCAAAUAACUGCUCUGGAAAACUAUCCUGGUUCCAGGAAAAUGUCCUAGUGCACCUUCAAACACCUUUUUGGUUAUAUAAGAUUUGUGAGAUUGUUUGGACACUAGAGGGUAGCAUUUUACUGUUGAGACAACUUUCUCUGCUUUGCAUGCAACAUAAAAAGUCUUUGGUCCUCAGCUGCUGCUGAUCUGGUUUAUCUGCCCUCAGAUGAAGAGAUGGAGAACUCUUCUGCAAGUCAUUAGUCUGGAUGACUCCAUGUUUCAAUGAAAGUCUUGCCUUACUUUCUAUAUGAACCCCAAAGCUUCAGUGGAAUACAAAGUGAGAAUGAUUAGUAAGAUAAAUAUGACCAUUUUACAACUGGUGAGCAUGUCAAAUGAGAGGAAGAUGGUAAAGCACAAGGUUGGGGGGUGAGGGAAGCUGGAGGGGUGUGCAUAGAGUCGGGAGGCCAACCUCAAAUCGGUUAGUCUGUUGCGUGCCUGCAGAUAAUUACCUUGAGCCGACAGAGCAGCUUCCACUGGCUGACAAGAAAUGACCUCAUCGUUACCUGCAGGAACAACAUCCCUUAGAGGACGUUAUUCACUUGAAACCAUUUGCCAAAAUUUAACUCUGUUAGGUGAAUCCAUCUUUAAGCAAUAUUUGAAUACUGAAACUGGAUCCUUUUAAACCAGAACAUUUACAUAAAAUGGCAACAAAAACAAGAAAGAAAAAUAGAACUAGAGGCAUCGGGUUAUUUAUCUCAUCUUUGUUAAAAUGUUUUUUUAUUUGCUGUCAAUGUAACAAUAGCUAAAUUUAUACUAUAUAUAUAUAUAUUCUUCAGCAAAACCUUUGCAUAUUGCAGCAGGUAAUGCAUAAUUUGCACUUUUCUUCAAGAGAUUCAAAACAGUUUGUAUUGCCACAAAGAUACGCACAUCCAAAAAUUCACUAUAGUGGGUUAUGGGCCAAAGAUGUCAAAAGUGGAAAUAAGAGAGAUAGAACUUCACAUCAAGUAAAGCUCCAAUGUUAAUAUAUUAUAUUUCACUUUGGUGACAACUUACAUGUAUUUAUAUUAUUUUUCUGCUGCUGUAAUUGUUGGAUCAUGUAUUGUCAUUAUUAAGUUAGAUUGAUUUUUACUUUUUUAAGACUCAAUCAGAAAGGUGUAACUCAGAUAUUCAAGGAUGGUGUUUAUAAUGCUUUAUUGUCCGACCAUCUUCUUUGUUUUUACAUUAAUUAUGUAUGCAUGCAGUUGUGAUAUAUAUUUUGACUUAAUGUCCUUUUUGUUUUUAUUUGUAAAGAUGUACUUUUUGUAAAAAUUGAUUAGAUUUUCUCUCUUUUUCACAGGACAAAGUCUCAGAUUUUAUAUAUUUUACAUUUAUGUCAAAUCUUUUAUAAACACACACUAUGCAGAAUAAAUGUCAUGUAAUAAAAUGUGAUUUCCUUAAGUAGGAAAUUGCACUUUUAAGUUGUAUUCAAUGUGUAGGAGAGACAUUCAUGAAAGAUUUAUUUAUCUAUGACUGGUUAAUCUUGUAAAUGACCAUGGCGUGUCAGAGAAAAACUAGGGUAAUUACUGCCAUGCACAUGUGAUUUGUGCUGCUCUAAAUGAGGCUUUAGAGAGAGCACAGCAGGCGUCUGUGGUGUACCUGCGUGUGUCCAUACGUCGAGACCUCGGCUGUAAACCGAGGCUGCCGUGCAAGCUUAGAUUACAAAUCAAAGCCCUGUGGUAAAACAUAUAUGUCAACAAAUGCAUCAAUAUCAGAAGAAGCAGAAGGUUGACGUGGCAAAAAAGAAAUGAACUGCUUUUCACUCAGCCUAGAAAUCAGUAAAAGUUCUCACACACAUUUGGAAUGUGGUUUUAUUGGGGGGUUUUCAGAUCAAUUCAUCUCUAAGAAAAAUCUGAAAGGGCGCCCGCAUCUGGGAACGUCAGUUUAGAUGAUUUCAUAAUAAGGCUAGUGAGGAAUGUACAAUAUUCACGCAAGGCCAUAAAAGUUUUACAAGAGUGAAAAUGUGGCUGCGAGAAUGAAGUUUUAGCAUGUGUAGAUGAGUUUCCCUUAGUGGAGCGAAACUGAGCAAACACUUAUAAUUACUCUAAGUCCCAAACCACAGACGUAGUUUUGAGAAAACUUGUACGCAUCUCCAGAUUUUAUGACACGCCAAGAAAGACACACACGGUAAAAGAACAGUGUCUCGUAAAACUAUUGACACCUCACAUAUUUCAUAAGAAUUGUGUGUGAUAGAGCAAUAUAAAACUGCACAAUUAUGAAAUGGAAGGGAAAUUAUUCCACACUUUAGUUGUUCCAAAUAAAAAUUUAAGAUGUGAUCUGCAUUUGUGUUUUCCCCUUUUAACAAAAUAUCCCUUAAUAAAAUGAAUUGUAGCCCUUUAAAA